UGAUUGCGCUCCACGGGAAAGCGAGAAGAAAUAGCCCACCUCUGAUCAUCAACGCGUCAUAUAAUGUUUCAGCGGACGCCCCUCCCCCUGUCUCGUUUUUUCCCCUCACUCAACCUCUCCUUUGACUCACAGAGGCGGCUCACCACUGGCGCACGGACCGUGGAGGAUACGGGCAGAAGAUGGCUGACUUAGCCGGGCGCCGCGAGCCCGCGGCGGCAUCACCAGCGUCACACGGGCCGCUGCGAAGCUGCGAGACGCCCGCCGUCUGGCGACUGUAAACAGCUGCCGCUGCCUCUCUCGCCCCCCUCCUCCCCCCUCUCCCACCGCAAAUAUUGACAGAAGUGUCACAGAGAAAACAUGGCAGAGAUGGAAAAAGAGGGCAGACCUCCGGAAAAUAAAAGAAGCCGAAAGCCAGCGCACCCGGUGAAAAGGGAAAUAAAUGAAGAGAUGAAGAGUUUUGCAGAGAACACCAUGAACGAGCUGCUGGGCUGGUACGGCUACGACAAGGUGGAGCUGAGGGACUCUGACAACCUGGACAUAGGGGAGAUGCCGCAGCACAUCUCUGUUCUUAAAGAAAACUCGUUGCCAAAAAUGCCAGCUUCAACCGAGAGCAGCGAAAGCUCUCCGGACCGAGCCAACAGCUCCCAGUCCCUGCCAGCCCCCAGGAACGGCGUGGCCGAGCCCCCCACCAUCCCCUCCACGUCCACGCCCAGCACCAAGGAACACGGCAACCUGCCCAUUAUUGUCCCCAUGAUCCCGCCGCCGCUCAUCAAGCCCCCUGCAGAUGAAGAUGCGUCCAACGUGCAGAUCAUGUGCGCCUGGUGCCAGAAGGUCGGCGUCAAGCGCUACUCGCUGAGCAUGGGCAGUGAGCUGAAGAGCUUCUGCAGUGAGAAGUGCUUCGCCGCCUGCCGCAGAGCCUACUUCAAGAGAAACAAGCUGGGAUAUAUAAGGAAUUACGCUGCGAGAGACGACGAUGGCCUCGGUGGGAAAUUACCCCAGCACCGCUUUACUCAGGACACGCCCAGGCUUGUCUUCAAGACAAACAGCGAUGUGCUUGUGUGUGAUUGGUGCAAGCACAUUCGCCACACUAAGGAGUAUCUGGACUUUGGUGCCGGCGAGCGGAGGCUGCAGUUCUGCAGUGCCAAAUGCCUAAAUCAAUACAAGAUGGACAUUUUCUACAAGGAGACGCAGGCAGCCCUGCCCGGAGCACUGUGUAACCCUGGCCAUGGGGCUGGUGGCGAGGGUAAGCCGGAAUGCAGUGGGGGGGUACAGCUGCUGACCCCUGAAUCCUGGGGGUCGCCACUAACAGACCUCCGUCGCAAAGCUCCUUCACCAGGGGGCCCGUCCUGUACCUCAUCUUUGGCUAUAGCCACUUCUUCUGUCAGCUCCCCUUCAGACACUGCUGCUGUCUGCUCCCCGUCCGCAGCCUCCUCUGCCAGGAUUGGCACACCAAGACCUCAUGAGAGUCCUACGCUUCCCCCUCCACCUCUUCCUACUUUGCACCCACCAGUUGGUGUUCCCCCUGGUAGCCCUCCCAUGGUUAUGACCCCACGGGGUCCCAUGCCUCUGCCUCUGUUCAUGGAACAUCAAAUGAUGCAACAGAUCCGGCCACCAUUUCUUCGCUCCUCUGCUCACCCAGCAGGGCCCAACAGUCCCCUCUCAAACCCUAUAAUCCCAGGCAUUGGCCCCCCGCCUCCACCUAGGUCCCUUGGUCAAGCAUCGAGCCCCAUGCACAGGCCUCUGCUAUCCCCUCACGUCCACCCCUCAUCCAAUCCCAAUGCAGGCAUGAUGCCACCCCAUCCUGGUAUUCCCAUGCCAGGUCUACCCCCUUUUCCCCCAGUCAACAUGAUGCCCAAUGGACCCAUUCCCCUUCCUCCAAUGAUGAACUUUGGUAUGCCAUCGUUGGCCCCAUUGGUACCCCCGCCAACUCUUUUAGUCCCUUAUCCUGUCAUUGUACCCCUCCCAGUUCCAAUUCCUAUUCCAAUUCCAAUACCUUUUAACCCCAAGGCACCCAGGGACCAGCCAGAGAGCAGUAGCUCUGUCCGCAGUGCUCUAGAGUCCUCUGAAGUUUCAGCCUCACCAGGUUCCUCUGGAAGUGACAGGGGAGAGCCGAAAGUAGAGCCAGGUGGUUCGGACUGUGUCUCUCCCCUGCGCUCAGAGAGAAGCAGGGCGGCAAUAGUAGACCUAACUGUAAAGGCUGAGGACAAUUUGGUAGGUAACGUGUGUGUAACCAGCAGCCCCCGACUGAUGGACGGUGUGAUUGAUUUGACUGUGGGCCAGCGGGCAUGCCAACAGCAGGUCAUUCAGAGAAUGAUACCUGGGGUCCAGGUCAAAGUGGAAGCAGAGACUGAAUCAGGAUCUCCGCCAGCUAGUGGGCUGGAGAGGGAGGAGCAGGGCAAUCAGAUUGUUGGUGGAGGAAACCAUUCACAAAGUCUCAUUGGGGCUGCAGAUUUGGAAGGAUCCACGCAUCCAAGCACACAGGAAUCACCAGGUCCGCUUUCCAGCGACAGCAGCCCUUCUUGCAAUGUCAAUCCUGCGCUGAGUCAACUAACUCCUUGUACCACCGGUGUAACCCAACCACCCUCAUCCAGCACAGCACGGACCCAACCCCAGCCCCAACCCAAGCUCAACAGUAGCCCUGCUGCCCCUUGUAAUGUCAUAGUGAAUGGUACAGGCUGGCAUUCACUCGUCACCUCUGCUUUUGAGUCUUGCCCCGAUCGAAAAGGAGAUGCAGGAGAUGAGGAGGGAGAGGCAGCAGUUCUGCCGGCCAACGGUGAGCUGGAGCAUGAGGCACUAAAAGAGAACAAUUGCUCGAUUGGAGACUGGGAUCUGGGGAAGCGAGGCUCAACACAGGAGGAGAGGGUGAACACAGCCGAGGGUAAGCCAGACCCGGACGACUUGGAUGAAGGCGAGCAUGCCUACGCCCUGCCCCUGCUCUCCACCGGGGGCUGUGUGGUCAUCCAGCCUGUGCCAAAGCCCGGCGCCGACAAGACAGCCAUCCUGUCCUGCUCCAUCAGCGCCCCUUUGUCAGCAGCUGGGAGCCCCGAGCUGGAGCCGCCACUGAAGAGGAGGUGUCUGCGAAUUCGCAAUCAAAACAAAUGAGAUGUUCUGAGGACUUCAGUCAACGACACUCACGCCCCCCCCCUCCAACCUGCACACAUCGUCCUCAUCAUCACUGUCCAGUCUACCAGCACCACAAAUCGCCUUCAACGACCAGUGUUGAUGUGUAUCAUAGCCGAGCAGACAGGACUGAACUCUUACUUCUUCUAUAUGUCAUGACGAGCAGGAUGGUUUCACCUUUGACCUAUGGACAGGAAGUCCCUGCCACAGAAAGACUUAUACCCUGCUGCUUCUCCCAUUUAGACACUUUCAGCCGACACUGCCCCCAUUUGCACCUGAUCCACUCUCCCUCAUCAAAGCAAGUGUUCUCUGGGUUGUCUGCUACUCUGGGAUGCCUGAGAGCUGCCACUAUUCACUGGCAACUAUCAGGAAAUCUUUGAAGGACCCUAGAGCGAGGUUCGCGUCUCAACAGCUUUAGUCCAACCUGACGUACACCUGACGUUAUUGUUUCUCACACAAGAUUGAAAUGAGAGAGCUAUCAAAAAUCUUGCUCAUUCACAUGCAGCAAAAAGUAUUCAGAAGUACAGCAUAACCCAAUUUAAUGACUGAAGAAGUAUUUUAAAGCUAUUUCAAAGUGAGGCUAGAAAAUUGUCCUUGGACAUAAAAUUAUCUAUUAUGUUGAGAAUCUCAUUCUUAAUCAGCAAACUGGAGGAUAAAUUAUUAACCUUCACCAGCAAAUAACAUUGUGUGGGUGGAAUCUGGCCAUCUUUCCCGAUUUUCCGUGGCGUCUCUUUGUUUGCUCAGUUUAUAAGGUACAUCUACACAAAACGACAGCAGUCUAACGCGAUCCUGCAGCAGCGAUAGUGCAGCUCAGCGGCAGCACAAAGUGAAGCCUCCAACGGAGAACCAGCAGCUCAGGUCUGUUCGGCCGCAUUAGUUUUAGUGAAGAGUAGCUAAUAAACUGCAGAGUCUGUGAUUUUACAGACGAGUGACACAGCGUUCUUAUUAUUCGUCAUCAUUUAUACUAUUGACAUUUUCACAACCGUGGGAGCGCCGUCUGUGUGCUUCAGCAGCGAGCCUCGCUAGUAGCAGGAAUGCAGGCCCCUGCUGCUUGAGAGCAUUUCAAGGCUUACUGCUCCUCUCAAAAGAACCAGGAUGGCAUGGCAAUGUAAGAACUCUGCCAGCCUGCAACGGGUACUUGCUACCGCAGGCUAGUACUUAAUCUUUUCUAUAAUACAUUACCAGCGAUGUUCCUGUCAUGGGUUAGUUUGAGACUGACUGCACUAAGUUUAAAGGGGGCAGGGGGAAGCCGGCACAUUCAUGAAUAAUUCUUCUGGGACCUGGAGGAAAACUGCUAAAGUAACACGACAGAAAUAUUUCCACAAUAAACACAGACAAAAUGUAUUCAUUCAGCAAAUAAUUUGAACAUCAGCUUGCGUGGCCCCUUGUUUGUCCUUUGAGCCUGCCAAUCGGUUCCUCUGUUGGCCACGACUCUUCUGUGCCGUUGCGACGGACUCAAAGCUCUAUGUGCAGCUUUUAGAGCAGUUUAGGCAACUGUCAGCCGUCCAGUUCGGUCUGAUCCAGUUACACUGCAGCUUAAGCCUGUGAGCUGGGACAUAAAGUCAAAGAAAGCCAGCAUUUCAUUUACACUCCCAUGGAGGGGGAGCACUGUGGCGGUACAAAACAAGGUGUUGUGAUAUGCCAAAGGUCUCUGGUGUGUUGAGACAAAACAUGUUAUCUGGUUUUCAGUAGAAAAUCAAUUCCAAACUGAAGAUUUGACCAGAACAAUUGUAGUUGCCAAAAUAAUGAGCACUUAUUUGAAUAAAGAAAAGAAGAUAGAAGAGAAUAAGAGUGAAUAUCAAAAUCAGUAUUACCCCAUUAUCCCUCAGUCAAUUAAAGCCUGUAACAUGUCACACUGCAAGUAAGGUUGUAAGUUUAUAUAUUAAAUUAAAUAAUGUCAUUUGUUACAUUACUUUAACAACCUCAUCCUAUUUUACAGUGGAACUCAAUGUAGGUUUUCUUUUCUUUAUAUGCUGAUGAGACAAAGUGGGAUUCAUUCAUUCAUUCAGUACAGUUUUUAUCAGUCGCUUUGACGCAGCCAUCCAGUGAAACAACACAUUCUCUUAACAGUUCACACACAGGUCUAAGCAGCGGCCCCAAUGUCAUAAUGACACGCUUUGUUUGCGAAAGGCCCUAAUCGUGUCAAAACAUUUGAAGUACACAGCAAAAACUCAUUUUUCCUUCAAACAAUACAACUUGCAACCAAGUAUAUGAACACGUCCAAUCAGUCCUAACACAGUGGACAGCAAAAUACAAAACACUGAUCUCAGUGUGAAUCAGUGCUUCAUUGAUCGUCAUUGGAGCCUGUUGCUAUUUGUUGCUUUUGUACUUUAUGUUAAAUUUACCUUUUGUGCAAAAAAGGAAUGCUUUGAUUUAUUGAAUCCAUUACAUUCAUUUUUUCAAACUGUGGAAAAAAAUGACUAUAAUAGUAAUAGUAAUAUAAAUAUUGCCACUAUUGAUGCGCAGUCUCUGCUUUUUACCUCCCCCAUCCAUGCUGGUAAAGAACAACACAAAUCUGGUACCAUUUUUAAGGUCUAAAGCCUGAUUGCAAAUUGAAGAUUUUUGUGGAGGAGUGUCAAACAGGUGCUAUGGUGAGUUCAUACUUACUGGUUUCUAAUAGUUAGGAACAGAUGGUUUCUCCACUAUCACCAAGCUCCACCAAUGCUAAAACAAUGAAGUUUAGACUGUUUGAAUGGUGUCAGUGUUAACUGUUUUGCAAAAGGGAGGAGAAAUUGUGUCAAUCCAAUGAGAACGGGUUUACACAAUGCUACAUGUGUCUGAUGCUCUGCUGGAAUAGUGACGAUAAAAAUAAAUGGAACAGGUCAAAGCGACCAUUAAAAACUGUAAUUCUAAGAGAGAUCCAACAGUUUUACACAUCCUGUAUGCAGACAUGGCAAGCAUAAAUACUGAUGUCAGUCAUGCACAGUGCACAUAGUAAAUGGAACUUUGUGUAUGUGUGUGUGUGCGUGCAUGCGUGUGUCGUAGGUGGGAGCAGAGAGGCCGGUUACGAUUUCUCAGUGUUGACUCAGAAUCAACAGCGUGCAAGCCUAUCCUUUGCCUGUUAGUCAGGCGUUUAGGCUUAGCCUGCUACUUGCCAAGGCCCAGCUUUGGUGUCACUUUAAGCAUUUCCUUCUAUCCCCUUUCACUCUCUACCAUUUGUUGAGUUACAUUUCUCCACAAGUAGAAUCUGUGUAUUUCUUUUACACAUUUUGGCUGUUGAUCUUGACACUUUCAUUUUUUGAGUUGUUACAUCCCAACUGAAAAAUCUAGAGAACUGAGAGUGCAGCUGUGCAGCAAAAGCAGGGCCAUAGCCACAACGUUAGAGGCUCCCUGUCCUCAAUCUACCCCAAGAGUUCAGAUCUGACCAUUAAUCUUAACAUACCGUUAAAAAACAAGUCUUCUGUACGUGUCCCUGUUCACGUCAGACUAACAUUUAAGCACACCCUGCUUUUUUAAAGCAGUACAGUGACCUUGUAAAAAGUUAUUAAUGGCAUGUAGACUGAUUAACUGUCCUUCUAUUGAUUAAUGAUAGACAUGUGGGCAGAUUAACAAAGACAGGUCGAGUGAAUGCAUGUCAAAGAGUGAGACCACCACUCAGGACAACAGUGUUAUUUAGAGAAUGAAUCCUCUCUUUUUUGGCUUUAGUAACUCAGCUCAACCCAGCUUUAUAAAAACAAUUUGUUAAUCUCAUGUCAAAUUUGAAUUAAUGAACAUUUGCUUUCACUUGGAGAGAACAAUAAAUAUUGACAGUAGAUUGUACAGUAAACCAGUAAAGUCAUAUGUUAGUUAGACUGGGGCCUAUUGUUACCAACUAGCUGCUCUUCCUGUCAGAAUCCAAGCUAUGUGUGUGUUUCCCGGCAUGCAGACAAACUUUUCACCUGGCUCCUCAUUGGGUUCAAAUUCACUAUUUUGUUUUCACAAUUUCCUACACAGACAAAUCAGCUGUUAUGUAAAUGACGACCUCUCGUUUGCACCCUUUCUUUUUGGCCUUACAGGAGAUUUGUUGUUAAUGUGUUAGAUAUAAAAUGUAAACAGUGGAAAUCCUGGAGCACAGAGUUCGACUUUGUGAUGGUGAACAGGCAACUCUCCAGCUUUCCCUUUUUGAUGGACUACAGUCCUGGUCAACAGCUUGAAUUAUGCAACGACAACUGUGGUCCCCAGACAAAAUAAACCAUGACAUCACUUCACUUUACUUUUUAAAAACAACAGAGAAGUUGCCUUAACUCUUGCUUGUAUAAUCUCUACAGUUAAGACAAUGAUGCUCGCUUGUAAAGCAGACUCCCUCUUGUUUGUACAAAAUGAAAUAUACCAGAAACAACAACUUUGUUAUCUUACUAGUGUCAAUGUAUAGAUGAUCAGCUUUUCUGUAACUUGUAUGAACCGUCACAUUUUUGCUAAGAAGAACGCCUCCCCUCCAACUCCCCUGUUCCUUAAACAUCCAAUCUGUUCAACGUUUUAACUCGUGGUGGACUGUCAAUCUUUUUGUGUACAUUUUAUAGUAUUAUUUAUUGUUGACGAGUUUUGCAUUUGCAAAUAAUAAAAAGAAAAACGUUAAGAUGGUUUUACCUGAGCAUUCUAUUCCAAUGUAAAUGCCUGGUAAACAGUGAAAUGCUUUUUUAACUAUUAAAACAGACAAAACAGUGACAUGAGGAGAUGAUCUUCUGUCUUUUUAUUAUGAUGUUGUAACAUGUACAUAACAUGUGGCCAAAUAUGCUUUGGAAAAUACAAGUUUUUUUGUGUUGUAACAGUAUUGUUUUAACCAGUGAUUUGCUCAUAAAAACAAAUAAAUAGGAAACACGCACAA